GUUAGAAGCAGUCAGGGAGGUGUAAGCAGAUGCUGGCAAAGUCUGCAAAUCUAAUGCAGAGCCAGAUGGAAUAAGUCAGCUUCUCCCAACAAUAUAAGGUCAUAACUGGGUGUGUCAGUUAUAAGUGAUGUGACCCAUAAGAACGGAAUCCUGUUUCAUUGCCGCAUUUCACAGCAAAGAUCAUAACCAGGCUAUGUCAUCAGCUGUGGACCAACUUCCAGACAAUGUCAAGGAUUGGGACAUGGAGGCCACAGUAACAUCAAAGCCUUCAGAGGAACAAAACAUCCCAAGGUGCUUGAGAAGAAUGUAAAGUGAAAUUUGGACAACUGAGCAGAAGUUGUUGGGAGAGCUGUCCAAUUGCCAGAUCGGAGGCCUUAUGUGUUCAAAUUUUGCUUCAUCUUCUUGUAUGGUACACCUUGAUCUGAAUGUAACCCAUGUUGAAUGUCAUCCAGAAAAAAUAUUGGUAUACUUUUGGGGGCGGUACUGCAAUAUAUAUGAAUUGGACUAUCAUAUACUACAGACUGAAAUACAAAAUGCAGCAAAGACGAGAGCCGAUAUUGCAGUUGAUGAGUUGUGUUUUGCAGAGGACACUUACCAUGGUGAAUGGCAUCGAGGAAGAGUAGUGAGAAAACAUGAAGAAUCGUAUGAAGUCUUUCUCAUAGAUGUUGGGAUGGUCAUGACUGUUGAUGCUGGGCACAUUGCUCCUGCCUGUGAGAAUUUGUUUCAACUUCCCCCAAAAGUAGUAUGUGGCAUAUUUGCCAAUAUAGUUCCUGUCAGAAGAAUAUGGUCACCAAUGGCUGUCAAAUAUUUUGCAUCAUUGGCACCUACUCAAAUCAAAGGUUAUGUUGAAGGUGUCUUAAUGAACCAAAUCGUUUUAGUAGAAGUACCCAGUGUUAGUCAAAAGCUCCUUGAACUCGGCUUGGCAAAAAUUCUUGAUGGCAGCACUUUCCAUUUCCUGUUGAAAAUAUCUGAAGAUUUACCAAGAUAUCCUAGUUGUGAAAAUGCUAAAAUUAAAAACACAAAUAAACAAUGCUGGAGGCCUGUGCUGGAUAAAGCCAUUAUACUAUCACCUAGUUUCCAACAUAUUAUGGAUGUUUUCAGUCCAAGUUUGCAAACUGGUUUUACAGAAUCAGUAAGAAUCACAUGUGCAUCAGGACUUCACAACUUUUAUUGCCAGCUGAAAAGGCUGACUUCAGAGCUAGAAGCAAUGACUGAAGACAUGCAUGAUUACUAUGAAAACAAAGAAAAAGAAUUAAAUGACGAACAUGUUGAUAAUUCUGGUGCACUCUGUGCUGCAAAAGGUAAAGAUGGAAAAUGGUACAGGGGAGUUGUAAAGCAGCUCUUAACUUCAGGCCAAGUAGAAGUUUGGCUCAUGGAUUAUGGAAGUAUAGCAGUUGUAUUUCCCCAUCAUAUUAAAAAAUUGAUGCCAGUUUUUUUUAUGAUACCCAUGAUGUCAUUUCCUUGCGCACUAACUGGGUUAGCAAAGCAAACAGAACAUUGGAUAAGUUUGCAGCUUAAAAUUUUCAAGCAAUCGCUGUUUGAGGAAGGAUUAAACAUUCGCAUUGAUUCCUACUCCUGUACAGAGCAUCUGUACUAUGUUACACUCUGUAAUCUCCAAAACGUUAAAAUCCAUCAGAUGCCUGAAUUGUUGUCAGGAGUGAAUCUAAAGAUUGAAAGUGUCCCUGAGGAGAAAGCAAAUAAGGAUACAAACAGACAAUUGGGAAAAUUUUCAGGAACAAAGAUGAGAGCAACUGGAAAACUAGCUCAUAACCCAAUGUGUUACAGUUUAAGAUCUGCUGAGAUGAAAAUAAAUGCUUCCUACAUUGGAUUCGUUGAAUAUGUUAUUAACCCCUCUGACUUUUGGAUUCGUACAUCAGAAUACAAUCAUGAAUUUGAAUGUUUAAUGAAUAGCAUUGCAGAUCAUUACAGCAAAAUUGGCAUAAGUGAAGAACUCAUUCAGAAACCAGCACCUGGCUUAUUUUGCUGUGCAAGGUAUAGUCGAGACCUGCAUUACUACAGAGCAGUUAUUACUGAUGUAUUUGACAGCUAUCUAAGAGUAUUUUUUGUUGAUUUUGGGAAUACUGAAAUUGUAGACUUUACUGCUGUAAAAUCCCUGCCUCCCCAGUACACGCAUUUGCCAUCUCUGGCUAUGAACUGUUCUACUGCUUGUGUUUUUCCUAUUGAAGAAGUGUGGACAAAAGAUGCCACUAACUUCUUUAAGAAAGCUGUAUUUAACAAAGACCUUUUAAUUGAUGUAGUCUCAAGACACGGAAGCAGAUAUAUAGUUAAUAUUCAUGACAAAGAAUGCAUGGAACAGCCAUCUAUUAGCACAUUGCUGCUUAACUCUGGAUAUGCUGAUUUUUGGAAUGUAAAGGUGGAUGAUAUUUUGCCUGAACAACAUUGUAAAUUGAAGAAUUCAGGAGAUAAAGCAACCAAGUUAACCAAAAGUGAAAAAAGGACAUGCACAGAUAACAUCUCCAAGGUGAAUAAUACAUGUAUUGUUCCAUUUUCACACAACAAGCUGUCUACUGUGUACUUUCCAACUGUGAUGAUGAAAGAUAGCUUUCCAGCUGCACCUCUUACCACAUCAACACGAAGUGAAGAGUCCUUAUUAGCAUCUCCAUACAGACAACAAGUGUUUAAGCUUGGGUCUGUUCUUGAUGUGAGAGUGUCUCAUGUAAAUUCCCCAGCAGAAUUUUGGUGCCAACUGCAAAGUAAGUCUGAUGAACUUGAGUUGCUAAUGAGGAAUAUCCAAUUUUAUUACAAUACUCCAAGGGACGCUUUUCAACCUGAACAUACUGGGUGUGUUGCAAAAUGCUCCAAGGAUGGACAGUGGUAUAGAGCAACAGUUAUUCAAAGAAAUAUUCCAGAAGAGGUUACUGUAUUGUUUGUUGAUUAUGGUAUCCAACAAAGAACGGCUCUGAGGAAUCUUUGUGCUAUUAAUCCAAAAUUUCUUCAACUCAAAGGGCAAGCUUUUAGAUGCACUCUUAACAGUAUAAUUCAGUCAAUGAACCAAGACCCUGCUGUUUGGGAUCAAGUUUCCUGCAACACAUUUAAGCAGUUCAUUGACAAUGCAUUGACAUCAGGUGUCAGUCUUAAAUGCACAAUAUUUGCAAUGGUUUUGAUGGAUGGAAAGGGUCUGUGUAAUGUGGUAGACCUUCUUACUCCAGAUAUUAAUUUAUGCCAGCUACUUUUGGACAUGGGGUUAGCCACAAAUGUUAAAUCAACAUUUUCAUUUAGUUCCUCAAUUUGGUUAUAUACAUUUUAUUAUAGUGGUCAUGGCAUAAAAAUUGGAAGCGAAGAAAAAGUCUAUGUAACUCAUGCUUCUAGUCUGUCAAAAUUCUAUUGCCAAUUUGAGAAAAAUACUGUGGUGGUGGAUAAACUUAUGACCGAUGUCACCCUUAUUAGCAAACAAAUGCAAGGACAAAAAUUGGACUUGAACAAAACUGCGAUGUGCUUAGCAAAAUAUUUUGAAGAUGGUCAAUGGUACCGUGCUCUCGCCCGUUCUGUGCAAUCACCUGUGCAUUUUGAAGUGUUUUUCAUAGACUAUGGAAACACAGAAAUAGUUGACAAAAAUGAUGUGAUUCCAAUUCCUCUGGAAGCAAUGGAACUGAUUUCAAUACCUAUGCAAGCAGUAAAGUGUUCUUUAUACCUUCCUCUUCAGAAACUACCUGAUGAUGUUAUCACUUUGUUUAAAGAGACUGUGAUGGGAAAGCAACUGAAAGGCUUUGUAGUAGCAAAGAAAUCUGAUGGUCAGUUGGUUCUUGACCUUUAUGAUGGAAAUGUCAAAAUCAGUGCUGAAAUAACAGAACAGCACCUUCAUGGAGGUGGGAUGAGAUCCCUUGAUGACACACAGUGGCAAAGUAGCAAUUCUUCCUACCCAACAAAUGUAGUCACUUCCUCAGAACAAAUAAGUGAGCAACCUGAUUAUUUAGUGCACUUGAUAAAAGAAACAAAAGGACUGAGCAGUUCCUUUCCGAGAGCAGACCUGUGGUAUAUUGGAAGAAAAAACAAAGACCAGAAUAGUUCUCUUAAUAAAAUAAGAGAAAGAGGUGGCAAAAAUACAACCACUAAACACUGCCUACAGAAAAUUGUUCCUAAAUAUACUUUCCAUCCAGCAAAAUUGGGCAAAGUCUGCAUCACAAGGAACUCGAGUGGAACAGUCCAUCUCGGCAAGACAAGAUCCCGUGUACGGAAAACCAAGAUGAUACCUGAUGUGAUUAAUUCCAGAGAAAUAUCAACGCCAACUGUACUUCGUUCUCCUGUGCAAAGCAUUGCUACAGUGCCAGAUGCAAAGGGCAGUUUUGAUAUGAUAUGUAGAAGUAGGAAGAAAACUCCUAGGAAAUGGUUUCCUCAAAAUUUCACCAGAUUGGUUAGAAUGUUGGAUUCUGGCAUUUGGGAGGUUGAUGCUGCUUCUCUGUCUGAAAGACACAAAGUGCUCCAUAUAAAUGAUGCUGCUACCAUAUUGAAAGAUUGUUUGCUUGAUUUGGAUGGAUGGAUGAAUAAAAUGGCUUGUGCAGACGUAAAAAUCACUACAGCUAAUAAAGAUGAUGUGUCAUUAGAAACUUUGCUUCCUGUUGAGAGCGGCAGGAGAUGCUUAUCAACAUUCAACAUAAUAGCAUGUGGCCCUAUCCAGCCAACUAAAGAAUACAGUGGCUUUGCUACUUCUGUGAUUGAUCCAUCAGAAUUCUACAUUCAGCUUGAUGAUGCAUUUGAAACAAUGAUAACCCUCAGUUCAUUCCUGGCUGAGCGACCAGAGGAUUUUCAAGCAUUGUCAGUCGAUUCAUUGAACCCUGGGGUAACUUGUCUAAUCAAACGUGCCAGAGAUGAGCAUUGGUGCAGGGUUGAAAUUUGUGCAGUGUCGCAACAGUUAGUUCUUGUCAGAGCUGUUGAUUAUGGACAUUAUAUCUUCAUCCAGCCUUCAGAUUUUAGCAGAAUAAGGGCACUUCCUCAAGAACUUGCUGAUGUGCCACACUUAACUAAUCCCUGCAGUUUAAAUGGAGUUGUGCCUGCAACAGGAGAUUUUUGGACAGAUGAAGCUAUUGUUUUCUUUCAAAAGUCCUUGAAGAAGCAGAAUUUGACUGUCAUUUUCAGACAGCAUUUUGCUAAGUUGUUCUGGGAAGUGGACCUUGUCAUAAAUAACAAAAGUGUGGCAGAAGAUUUGGUUGCUGCUGGACAUGCUACAUUUCUGAAAGGAAUUGUUAACUCCUCCACUAAAGGCACACUCAGUUCUGCAGAAGUCUUUCGGAUUCUGGCAGAACCCAUCUUAAACCGACAAUUUAAUAAAUAUGAUGAGCGACAAUUUAAUCAAGGAAAAAACCCAUCAGUGAGAAAUUUGAAGCCAGCUAUUUAACAACAAAAUAUAUGAGCAUAACUUACUAAGGAUCUCUUCUCCAAACAAAGCACUUGUGAAGACUGGCCUUCACUCUACAAUUUUUCACUGACAUAUCCUGCAUUGAAUCAUGAUCAGAAUUAGAGCUUUGAGAUUUCCAGAUAAAA